GUUUCUCCAGGACCUGUCAGACUGUUCUGUCAAUUAAGUGACCAGCAUACCUUGAUGAGACCACGAUCACUGGCAGCUUGGUCGUCGGUCCCGUCACAAGAUGCAGAGCCGGUCGCAGCAGCGCAUUUAAGACCAGCCACUCUACAACCUCAAGCUCGUCAUGUCCUCGCUGAGCGAUGAAGUGACGUCGAACCUAGGUGCGCUUCUUCUAGGUAAUAUCGCGGAUGCGGUGCUGGUCGGUGUGACGACGGUACAGACGUAUGCAUACUGGAAUAACCGCGGUUCUGACUGCGUCAUCUUGGUCGUUCUGCUGUCAUUCUCCUGGAUCAUCAACUUACUCCAGCUCAUACUGUUCACCGUCACCACCUACACUUAUGCAAUUACCGAUUUUGCGAAUCCGAUAGCAGCGCAGAAACUGAUAUGGACCUUCCCUGUUCUCAUAUUCUUAACGGGAGCAAGUGACCUCAUAGUGCGAAGUAUAUUCUCUCAUCGGGUCUGGAAGUUGAGCAACCGAAACAUGCCCCUUACUGUCUCCCUUCUUCUCUGUGGAGCAACAAUCACUGCACUUAGCUGGACUUUUGCAGGCAUGAGCUGCUCCGUAUCCAGCUUCGAUUCAUGGCGGUCCAAGACAUUUGCGGCGCUCCUGUAUUCAGGGCUUUCGAGCGCUGUAGUCGGAGAUCUGCUUAUUGCGGGAUCCCUUUGCGUCAUUCUGACGCGGCACUUAAUGAACAAUGCAGGCAUCGAAACAGGGGCAUUAACAAGUGCCUGCACACUAGCAUGCCUCAUCACGUAUGCUACGAGGCCUCAUACCUUUGCCUAUGUGUCGUUGUAUCUGCUCUUGACUAAGUUUUCCCUGAAUGCGCUCCUUGCGACGCUCAAUGCCCGCCGUGGCCUCAGAGCCAUAACGGCCUCUCCAGAUGUCAUGCAACCCUCGAUGCCGGCGUUCGCCGGUCUGUCGAAUGACUCCGCAGGUGGUAGCAUGGGAACACAGCAGAUCAGUUGUGGCGAUAUGGUAGAUGUGAGGUCCAAUGCAUCUCACGGAGGAACUGAGGUACUAUGGUAAUCCUUAUUUCCGCUCGAAGAGUUCCUAAUUUCCAACGCAGACGAAGCACGGUACAUCUACUCAGAUGUCAGAGAGCUCACUGACGAUCUGUGGUCGGGACAAAACGCAUUGGGGAGCUACAGCCAAUAGUGUCUAGUCGCCACAGCUAUGGCGACAGCUGAGGACCGUAUUUAUUAUAUCUGAGCCAGCCAUUGUUUUGUGUUGAUGCGGCCAGGUCUUCGCGGGGCACUUCAGAUUCUAGCAAAACACCUUACCGGGCGCUCGCAGGAU